UCGUGUUUGAGAACAAAGGGAUAUACAGAGCAGCAUUGGGGUGCCAUCUGUUGACUACUCUCCACAGUUUGGAGCGUUUAGUCCGUCAAAACCACCAUCGGAGGCACCUAUAAUCACCUCUGUCGUCGCUCACAAACUUUUCUCAUUGACCCCACCGCCUAUAAAUUGCACAUAUCCAUACCAUCUAUACCCUAACCCAAGGCCAAACAGCACAUUUGCAAUCUUAUUGGGCGCGCGAUGGCAACGAGUGGACCAAACGCUGACGGUGGCGCCGCCGCCGCUGCCGCUCCCAAGAACUCGUGGCCGGAGUUGGUGGGCAAGUCGUCGGAGGAGGCGAAGAAGAAGAUCAAGGAGGACAAGCCGGGCGCCGACGUGCAGGUCGUCCCCGCCGACGCCUUCGUCACCUUGGACUACCGCACCGGCCGCGUCAGGGUCUUCGUCGACUCCGACGACAAGGUUGCCAGAGCUCCCCAGAUCGGCUAGCUAGCUAGCCAGCAGAGGGGCGCGGGUGCCAGCGACCAUAUAUGUAUACAUAGAAUUUCUGAUUUCGUAUGAACAAUAAAAGGCAGGUGCAUGUUAUAUUUGUGUAACUACUGGAUCUAUGUGUGAGAACGUAAGAUCACUUCGAUUUGGACCUCUCCGUUUUUUUGUCUGGUGUUCUUGGUGAAAUGGAAACUGAUCACAAUCAAUUGAUCAGAGGUUAUACAA